AUGCUCCGCGCUGACGCCGAAAAGCUUAUCCAGACCACCGCACACUGUCUAGCCAAUGCUAAGCAACAUCUCAUGACUCCUCCUAUCGAGGAUGAGUCAACUUCAAUAUCCGUCUUUACCAGCCACAACACCAAACGCGCCCCCACUCUUCGCAAACAUACUUCUCAGAUCCUGCACGAUGGCAUCAGGCCGCUCAUACGCCGCAAAAUGUCCGCCCUUGUCAUGUUCCGCUUCAAAGACAAUCGGACCCAAACGGGACAUCGCUCCACACCGCCGCCGCAGCGAAGACAGGCGGAUCGCAGUGUUCCAUGCUCCACUAAAUGUACGAGGACGCAGCCAGCCUAG